AUGGAUUACCGUUACCAAUAUGGAAAUGGCUACGCACAUGCUGAUAGCAGCCAAAACACAGUAAUGGAGCCCAAUGUGAGCGAAGAUGGACAUCCAGAAGAUCACGAAAACAGACAACAAUAUGGAGAGUUCUUCCAACAAUAUCCGCAGCAGUACGCGCAAAACACACAACCAGCGCAUACUGGCGAGUUCGAAGAGUAUCACGAUAACUCCCACGAUGCUCACGAAUCUUACCGGAUGCAAAACGCGAAUUAUACGCAACAAUACAACGUUCCUACGAUCAACGUGUAUCAUGCUGCACAGCCCAUUCCCCUGGCUCACGAUAAUGUCAUACCGAUGCCAUCGAGUACUGCCAUAGCAAGCAACGAUCAGCUUUAUGCCAUGGACUACGAACCUAGGAAUUCAGAUUCCAGCGCUCAGAUCAGCAACGACGAGUCAUUCCCACCAGAUACUAUGCCGAUUUUGAACCAUCACCAUCUCCAACAACGCAGACCACCUCCGGUAUCAAAUUCCGCCGCAUUUGGUUCAGAUCUCAACCAGCCAACAGAUUACUACAAAUACGAUCCUGAAGACCCUACAGACUACAUCGAUCAAACUGGCGAUGACUAUCAGAUCAACACAUUUUACGGCAAUAAUAACCAAAUGGCCAACCCAUAUGCCAGUACUUUUGAUCUCAACGACUACGCCGACCAAGAAGUGUAUUCGGACGGAGCUAGCUCAUUAAUAGGCUACGACGAGAGAAGAAGCAGAGAUUUGGCCGACUAUUCGUACGACAAUGCGGACGCCAAUACGCUUUCGAAACUUGCGGUGUCCAGAGAACAGGGCGAUGAAGAAGACGAAGACAUCGUGCUGAACAGUCGCGGUGAGAAAAUGGGUAGUAAUGGCUCCCAUGACAGGGCCCAUGGGCCAGAAAGGACACACACAACAGUGCGGAAAUUCAAGUUGAGCAUGGGCAAUUUCGUCUUCGAUUGUCCCAUCAGUGAAAACCUCAUAGCGCAAUAUGUGAGAGCUGUGGACGACGAGAAUAAGCUUUCAAAUGAAUUCAAAUUCAUGAGAUAUCAAGCUGUAACGUGCGAACCGCUGAUGUUUCAACCGAAUAAUUUCACGCUUCGCCAACUCAAGUACGGGCAACCUCGGCGUACGGAACUAAUGAUAGUGAUAACCAUGUACAACGAAGAUGACGUCUUGUUGGGAAGAACGCUCAAAGGCGUUAUGGACAACAUACGUCAUUUCACAAAGAAGAAAAAUUCGUCAACUUGGGGCUCUGAUGCGUGGAAAAAAAUUGUGGUUUGUGUUGUUUCAGAUGGGCGAUCUAAGAUUCAUGAACGCUCUUUAGCUCUUAUGAGUGCCCUAGGUUGUUAUCAAGAUGGCUUCGCAAAGGGCGAAAUCAACGACAAGAAGGUGAUUGCGCACGUUUAUGAGCACACUUCUAAAGUCAACAUUCGAAGCGUCAAAGAUGGCAAGGUCGAACUUGAUUGUGGUGUAAAUACUGUACCCAUCCAAUUGUUGUUUUGUCUGAAAGAAAAUAACCAAAAGAAAAUCAAUUCCCAUCGUUGGGCUCUAGAGGCGUUUGGGGAAGUUUUGCAGCCCAAUGUCGUCAAUCUUUUGGAUGCAGGGACAAUGCCCGGCAAGGACUCUAUUUACGAACUAUGGCGUGAAUUUAAAAAUCCUCAGGUGGGUGGAGCAUGCGGAGAAAUCAAGACGGAUCUGGGCAAAGGUUUCAGAAAGCUUUUGAAUCCUCUUGUAGCUUCGCAAAACUUUGAGUACAAACUUUCAAAUAUUUUGGAUAAGACUACAGAAUCCAAUUUCGGUUUUAUCACUGUGCUACCGGGCGCAUUUUCUGCGUACCGGUUCGAAGCGAUACGAGGGGAGCCAUUGCGUAAAUAUUUCAUGGGAGACGAUUUGAAUGCAAGGGUUUUUAUUUCCAACAUGUAUCUUGCUGAGGAUCGUAUCCUGUGUUUCGAGAUUGUGACGAAGAAAGACAGCAAUUGGAUCUUGAAAUACUCAAAGAGUUCUUAUGGAUCCACAGAUGUUCCUGAAAAAAUACCAGAGUUCAUCCUGCAGAGAAGAAGAUGGAUGAAUGGAUCUUUCUUUGCGGCACUGUACUCUUUCAUUCACUUUUACAAGAUUUGGAGCAGCGGUCACUCUGUGGGCAGAAAAUUCAUGCUCAACCUGCAAUUCAUUUACCUUGCACUAACUAGUUUGGUGUCAUGGUUCUCUUUGAGCUCAUUCUUUUUGGUUUUCAGAAUACUAACCAUGUCCAUUGCCGUGUCAUAUAAUGACCAUAAGGUCUUUCGAGUUUUGUCCGUGAUAUUUCUCUGGCUUUACGGUGUCUCUGUGCUAAUAACCUUUAUUCUCUCUCUCGGAAAUAAACCCAAGGGCACUUCCAAGUUCUAUCUGUCAACGUUCAUUUUCUUUGCCGUCCUCAUGGUGUACAUGAUAUUCUGCGCCAUUUUCAUGAGUGUGCACUCGAUUCGCAAUAUAAUUGAUGCUGGAAACGUCACAUUCCGGAGCUUAAUCCGACAGGAGACUUUCAGGGACCUAAUAAUAUCGAUGGGGUCGACUUAUUGCCUUUAUUUACUGAGCUCCUUGGUGUACUUGCACCCAACGCAUAUGUUCACAAGUUUUAUGCAAUAUCUGCUUUUGAGCCCUUCGUACAUCAAUGUGCUGAACAUUUACGCUUUUUGCAACGUUCACGAUAUUUCGUGGGGUACAAAAGGUUUCGCUGCGAAGCCGCUCGGCAAAAUCCAUUCUAAGGAAGACGGUACAGUUAAAUUGGAAAUUCCGGUGUCUGCAAAAGAAAUCGAUGAUAAUUACCUUAAGCACUGCGAGGUGUUGAAAACACCUGCUGCCGAAGAAAAAGAUGAUGAGCUUUCAUUAGAGGAGAAAAAGACUAGUUACUACGCUAUGGUGCGGUCCGUCGUGAUCAUCCUCUGGGUCAUUUCAAAUUUCAUCAUUGUGGCCGUUGUACUCGAAACAGGUGGAAUUGGACAGUACGAAUCAUUGAACAAUUCCAGCACGGCUACACAAACCACUGUGUCGAUUCUGCCUCAGCGGUCUACGAUAUAUUUCUCCGUCAUUCUGUGGGUCGUGGCCUUCAUGGCCGCAUUCCGUUUCAUUGGGUGUUGCGUGUACCUCACGAAGAGAUUUAUCCAUCGCCUCAGGUCUCGGUCAUGA